AAAGUCUCGAUACCACUAGCCUUAGCCUACAUGUCACUUUUUCCCAGCGCACAAGUUAUUCUUCUUCCUUCUUACACAAAUGCAAAUGGUUCUUCUAUAUUUUAUCUGUAAAUGUUCCCAUCUCUGAUCUCCAAAGGCUGAAAUUUCAACUAUUUAUCGAAAUCUUAAGAGGAGUUACCUAUAUCUGCCGACCCACCCAUCUCAAGAUUUGCAAAAGAUCUGGGGGAAGACUUCGGACGGAGCUGCGCAUUCGUUUUUAAUUAAAGUUAUUAUUGUUACGGCGUGAAAGAGGCAGGCUCCAGCCUCCAGGCGGUGUUUAGGUUACAUGAAUUAUAGAUGAAGAAUUCGAUGAUCUGAGGAUUUGGUUUGUAUUAAUUCCGAUUUGUUGAGGUCAUGGAUGUGGAUUUUACUGGCGAUGUUGCCAGUCUCGACACCGAACUAUUACAGCUUCCGGAGUUUUCUCCGUUGGCCAUCAAAACGAAUUCAUACGUCGUUGAGAUGCUGUUUGAUCAAUGGCUAUCGCUUCCUAAUACCGCUGCACUGGUAAAAACGUUGGUCAGUAAUGCCAAGGGUGGUAGUCCUUUAAAAGUCACAUCAAAUUCUUCAAGCAGUAGUAGUCCCACUAGCAACUCUUUGCCCUCUAUGUUUCCUGCUGGCAGUGCACCUCCACUAUCACCAAGAAGCUCUUCAGGCUCACCCAGAACUGUGAGGCAGAGGGCAGGGCCUUCUCAGUUCGGUUCUCCUCUGAAAUUAAUGAAGGAACCAGUCAAAGAGACAAUACCGCAGUUCUACUUUCAAAAUGGUUGUCCACCUCCAAAUGAACUGAAAGAACGGUGUUUGUUUAGAGUCAAUCAGUUUUUCUAUGGUCAUAUGGAUGGAGUAACAAUGCACGAAUUCAAGUUGAUAACUAAGGAAAUAUGCAAGAUACCAUCAUUCUUCUCUACUGCUCUUUUUAUGAAGAUUGACGUUAACGGCACUGGGAUUUUGACCAGGGAUGCCUUCAUUGAUUAUUGGAUCAAUGGAAAUAUGUUGACAAAAGAUAUAACAACUCAAAUAUUCUCAAUCUUGAAGCAGCCAGAUCUCAAAUAUCUGACAAAGAUGGACUUAAAACCCGUGCUUAAAGAAAUUUUGGCAACUCAUCCAGGGCUGGAGUUCCUACAGGGUACUCCUGAGUUUCAAGAAAGAUAUGCUGAAACUGUUACAUACAGAAUCUUUUACUACGUAAACAGAUCUGGUAAUGGCCGGCUCACCCUCAGGGAGCUAAAACAUUCAGACCUAAUUUCUGCAUUGCAGCAUGCAGAUGAAGAAGAAGAUAUUAACAAGGUGUAUAGGUACUUCUCCUAUGAACACUUCUAUGUGAUAUAUUGCAAGUUUUGGGAGCUGGAUACAGAUCAUGAUUUUCUCAUUGAUAAAGAAAACCUUAUCAGAUAUGGUAACCAUGCACUUACAUAUCGGAUUGUCGAGAGAAUAUUUUCUCAGGUUCCCAGAAAGUUCAGCAGUAAGAUUGCAGGAAAGAUGGCUUAUGAAGAUUUUGUUUACUUCAUUUUGUCAGAGGAGCAUAAGUCAUCUGAGCCUAGUCUCGAGUACUGGUUCAAAUGCAUAGAUUUGGACGGAAAUGGGAUUCUGACAAAGAAUGAAAUGCAAUUCUUUUAUGAGGAACAGCUGCACCGAAUGGAAUGCAUGGCCCAAGAACCGGUACUCUUUGAGGAUAUUUUGUGCCAAAUAAUUGACAUGAUUCAUCCACAGAACGAGAGUUGUAUAACAUUACAUGACUUGAAGGGAAGUAAACUUUCCGGCAGUGUGUUCAACAUUCUAUUUAAUCUCAACAAAUUCAUGGCUUUCGAAACUCGGGAUCCUUUCCUGAUUCGGCAGGAGAGGGAGAAUCCACAUUUGACAGAGUGGGACCGGUUUGCACGCAGAGAAUAUAUUCGGCUCUCGAUGGAGGAAGAUGCUGAAGAUGCCUCCAAUGGAAGUGCUGAUGUGUGGGAUGAGUCACUUGAAUCUCCCUUUUAAACCUCUGUUAGCUAGCUGAAGGUGCACAGAAACUUGUUUGGACCAUCUAUUACACAUCGAAUGGCAAAACAUCCGACGGUAGAUCAAUCAAGGGUGUUGUUACUGGUUCUCUGUCUCGAGAAAAAAGGUCCCUUGUGAUUGUGGAAACUUGGCCCUACUGAUUAUUUCAUAUAUACGCACAACUUGCUAACCAUGCAAACUUCAAUUCUCUACAGAGCAGCUCAGACCUGAAUAAUACCCACCCAGUCUCUUGGCAAGCCGCAUAUAUGCUGUGAUAAAACAAAAACCAUAUCUGCUUGCCCACACCACAACAUCCACAACCUGUUAAGACCACAUAGAAUAUUUAGCUUUGGAAUGCAUCUUUUUAUUAAAGAGGAGUUGCCUCUGAUUUUCCAUAUCUUUGUCACCCUUUGAUGUCAAUUACAUUAUUUUCUUGUGGCAGCCACGUGCCAAUGUGUAAUGCUUAUUUUCUUUUUUGCUUAAUCAGUGUAAAUCUAAUUUAUGUGUUGCAGAUUUUCUUAUCCUUGAUAAACAGAACUUACUUAAAUCUACUUACUAGGGGAUGGAUAAUAUCAUACUUAGCCUAAUCUGUUGUUCAAGUUAAUAUGGUCAAAUACAUUUUAGUUAUUUAGCCCGACCAGGCAGAUUUCAG